CGUGCUUCGAGGUCGGCGGCCGAGUCUUUCAUUUUUCCUGCUCAGUAAAGUUGAGUGACCGAAACUCUGUGAACUAGCGACCUUCUGCCACAAGGAGCAAUAUCGCAUCCAGGUUACUGUCGACGUUCCACACGGGCCCAACUGCACGAGUUCCAGCGGGCACGCCGGUUCCCGCCAACCCAGCGUUUAAAAACAAACAGCUGCGAACGCCAGGAAAUGGAGGGUGGCCCUCACGAGGACCGCCUUUCCUGACCCCAGGCGGGUUAAUACCCGCCAGCUGAGCUGGCCAAGGCUCGUUUGGAGUUCGCUCAGUUGCGGGAAACGCUCUCCUUGAGUAAACUCAGCGUCCUUGAGGUAUUCUCCAACUCCGGGCUGGGGACGCUCUCCGUUUUUUUCUAACGGUGACAGGAAAUCAAGGAAAAACGUGGGAUUCAAAGAUUUGGGGGUAACUCUGCUCGCAGCCACUCAGGCUCGAGGCUCACGGUUGAUCCUAAGCUGACUUCUGCGAGGACAGACGCCUCACGAUCUGCGGCGUCAAGCCCCUAGGCUGAACGCCCACCCCAGGCAGCCACUCCCUCAACCGCCCGCACCCUCCGCGCCCCGCCCAACUCCUGGGCGGUGAGCCAUCAUUCUCGCGAGAACUCAGCUAAUCUCGCCUCUUCGAACUGCGGGAUCUCGCGAGAAACAGCCUAGGAGCCGGCCUGGAGCUGGCCUGCAACCUGCUGGGGCGGCUCUUGUAGCCGCAGCCGCCGGAGCGGCCGCCGCCUCAGAAGCCUCUGGAGGGAUCCAGUUGGGAAGGAAGCGGAGGUGUAGCUGGCCCCGGCCUGUGCCUGGACAUUUGAGGGGGACUACAGGUUAUGGGUGCUACAUGUGUGCUUUCAGAGCAGUAGUGUGAGGAAGCUUGAAGUGGGAUGGCAGGACGGCCUCAUCCUUAUGACAGUAACUCCAGUGAUCCAGAGAAUUGGGAUCGGAAAUUGCAUAGUAGACCUCGUAAACUUUAUAAACAUUCAAGUACUCCCUCACGUGUUGCUAAAGGAGUUGUCGACCACACCAAAAUGAGUCUACAUGGUGCUAGUGGGGGUCACGAGAGAUCAAGAGAUAGACGAAGAUCAAGUGACAGAUCACGAGAUUCAUCUCACGAAAGAACAGAAUCUCAGCUCACUCCUUGUAUUAGAAAUGUUACUUCUCCAACACGACAGCACCACGUUGAACGUGAAAAAGAUCACAGUUCCUCUCGUCCUAGCAGUCCUCGUCCUCAAAAAGCAUCUCCAAAUGGUUCCAGUAGCAGUGCUGGAAACAGCAGCAGAAACAGUAGUCAGUCAAGUUCAGAUGGUAGCUGUAAGACAUCUGGGGAAAUGGUGUUUGUGUAUGAAAAUGCAAAAGAAGGAGCUCGGAAUGUAAGAACUUCAGAACGAGUGACACUAAUAGUGGAUAACACUAGAUUUGUUGUAGACCCAUCCAUUUUUACUGCACAGCCGAAUACAAUGUUGGGCAGGAUGUUUGGAUCUGGCAGAGAACAUAACUUUACACGUCCCAAUGAGAAGGGAGAGUAUGAGGUGGCAGAGGGGAUUGGCUCUACUGUGUUUCGAGCUAUUCUGGAUUACUAUAAAACAGGAAUAAUCCGUUGUCCUGAUGGCAUAUCUAUUCCUGAACUGAGAGAAGCAUGCGACUAUCUUUGUAUCUCUUUUGAAUAUAGUACUAUUAAAUGUAGAGAUCUCAGUGCCCUAAUGCAUGAGUUAUCAAAUGAUGGUGCUCGUAGACAGUUUGAAUUUUACCUGGAAGAAAUGAUCCUGCCUCUCAUGGUAGCUAGUGCCCAGAGUGGGGAGCGUGAAUGCCACAUAGUGGUGCUUACAGACGAUGAUGUGGUUGAUUGGGAUGAAGAGUAUCCACCACAGAUGGGAGAAGAAUAUUCACAAAUUAUCUAUAGCACAAAAUUAUAUAGAUUUUUCAAGUACAUUGAAAACAGAGAUGUGGCCAAAUCAGUUUUGAAGGAGCGGGGUCUUAAGAAGAUUAGACUGGGAAUAGAAGGUUAUCCUACCUACAAAGAAAAAGUAAAGAAAAGGCCUGGGGGCCGCCCAGAAGUGAUUUACAACUAUGUCCAAAGGCCCUUUAUUCGGAUGUCUUGGGAGAAGGAAGAAGGAAAGAGUCGGCAUGUAGACUUUCAGUGUGUAAAGAGUAAAUCUAUCACCAACCUUGCAGCAGCCGCCGCAGACAUUCCCCAGGACCAGCUGGUAGUCAUGCACCCAACUCCGCAAGUGGAUGAGCUGGAUAUUCUCCCCAUCCAUCCCCCUUCCGGCAACAAUGAUGUCGAUCCUGACGCACAGAAUCUGAUGCUGUGAUUGUGAUGUCUCUUGAAACCAUAGCAUGCUACUCUCCACAGUGACGCUGCACUCUCCUCAUCCUGCACUGCAAGGCCACACUUUUCAUUGUGAGAUGCGCAGAACAACGGUUAGGAUAUUGCAGUGUAGGCUUUUCUAAAGACCAAAGGUAGCUGAAUGGUUUUUUAAAUGAGUACUACUCUAGCAUCUUGAGGUCCCAGUUAUAUAAAUGUAUUUAUUUAUCAGUAGGUUUGUGAAAUUGGUUCUUUGUAUGGGGGACAGCCCUUUUUCAUACAUCUAGAUCUUUUCAGAAGUGGUGGAAAUUGGCAGCUGGGGUACUUUCAGUCUAGAUGGAUAUUAAUCAUACCCCAGAUAAAAUGUAGACUAUUAUCUAGUUGCACUUUAUAUAUGGUGGUUAAGUGGAACUGUUCAAGCCAUUUUUAUAGUUGUGAUGCACAAUAUAAUUUAAAUAAGUGCUUCUAUCAAAGUAUUCCUUCCGUAAAUGUGUGUAGUUUGCUGCCCACGAUGAGCAGAAAACGAGUGUCAUUGGGCUUAUUUGAGUGAUUAGGAUGGGAUUCAGUGCCCAUCCUCAUCAGUUAUCUCCAGUGCCGUUUCCAUCCUUCUCAAGUGAGUCACAUGCAGGGAGUGUAAACAUCAGGUGGUGUAUUAUUCAGUCUGCCUUACCCUUGAUCUGUUCACAGAUAUUUAUUUACUAUUGAUUUUUUUCGAGUUAUGGGAUAGGAAAAUGAAGUGUUUGCUCUUCAUUUACUAAAUGAUUGUAAACUCGUUUUUCAUCAAAAUAAAAUUCCAUUGUUUUAAUGUUUCUGAUCUUUA